AUGGCUUCCGUAUACGUCUUCUGUGCUUGCUCCCAGCCGAGGACCCGACGUCUCCGAUUCACUGCCGAGUCCUUGACUACAAUCUCUCGAUCCCUGGCGGAACACACUUGUACGAAGCUCUGUCUUACGCCUGGGGGCAAGGGGGCGAAUAACCAGCACCACGUUGUCAUUGACGGGAAGGAGCUUGCUCUACAGCGCAUUCUCUGGAUUGAUGCCAUCUGCAUCAACCAGCGGGAUAUCCCCGAGAAAACGAAGCAAAUUCAACUCAUGGCCCAGAUCUACAGCAAGGCGGCACGGGUUAUAGUCUGGCUCGGUGAAGCAGAUGACGGUGGGGACAAAGCACUCGAGCAGCUCCGUCAGCUUUUGCAUCCGAUGAUACAAAGGAUGGUGAUACACCCAACCGAGAGGUCCUUUCAUUGCUUCGGCGGUCGUGGUUCAGGCGCAUUUAGUAUCAUCAUCAAAUGCGGAUCAGUUGAGAUUGAUGGCCAUGCUUUCGCCCUCGCUCUCGACUCCAAGCUGCCGCCUCGCAUCUGCCAUACCUUGCCCCCAUUGCACAGUCUUAUACAGUCGUUGACGCACCUCAUGAAAGGGGCAGCAUUUCGUCAAAAAACCGUCGGUGAGGGCGCCUUUCCGUCACUCCAGGGCCGUCCCAUCGGCGAGUUAGUGGAUAUGUAUCACAACCGCGAAGCCACCGUCCUUCAUGACAAAUUAUUCGCGCUGUAUGGGAUGGCAAUUCAAAGCUUCACACCGGAUUACAGUAUUUCAUGGUACGAGGUGUUGCGCUAA